GAACUCAGAGAACGCAUCACAAUGGCGACACCCAACAUCAAUUUCGGCAGCCCUGUCAUCUUCUUCGACUCACAUCCCGAGCAACAACCGGGCUAUAUCGCAUCAUGGGCCUAUGCCUUCCGCGACCAUUUGAAGAUCGCCUGGACUGGUGAUGUGCCCAAGAGGUUGUUCCCUGGUACCUUGCGACUGGUUUGNACCGACGGUGUGCGAGGCCUCCGCGACUUCGAACUCCACCAAUCCGAACUCAUCAAAACACUCUGGGAUGGCCUUCUUGACAAUCCCGACGUCUCUCGCGCACUCGUGACCGGAUACUCUGGCCAAAAUCCCUUCGUCCUCAGCUACGGCGACAACCCAUGGCUCACAAAAGAGCANAAGGAAAAAUUGAUCCGCCGCCAGAACGACGAGAUGUGGGCCAAGAAGUCAGCCAGGAGAGUCGAGACAAGAAGUAAGAAUGAGAAGUUCGAGGACGAGAAGGAGGCAAUCAGGAGAAAAGAGCAGAUUCUGGAACACAUCGAUGAGGUUAUUCAGAGUAAUGAGGAUGCCGAGAAGGAGCGAUUGCUGGCUGUGGACAGAGAGUUUGUUUGA